AUGUCGGUGGGAACUGUGUACCAUGCAUCUUUCCCUAUUUUCUGGGAUCUGUACUGCUCUGGACCGUGGGUUGGAGCUGGUGACCUUGUCCCAGCUCCCCAAGUGUACCAUGAGGAGCCUGACUUUGCUCACUGUGCUGAGCCCCAGGAUUAUACCAUCCUGCCUGGCCAGCCAGAUUACCCUACUGGGGAUCUGUACUGCUGUGGACCGUGGGUUGUAGAUGGUGACCUUGACCCAGCUCCCCACAUGUACCAGCAGGAGCAGGACUUUGCUGAUUGUGCUGAGAUCCAGGCUUAUGCCAUUCUGCCUGGCCAGCCAGAUUACUCUAUCGGGAAUCUAUACUGCUCUGGACCGUGGGUUGAAGCUGGUGACCUUGUCCCAGCUCCCCAUGUGUCCCAGCUCCAGGAGCAGGACUUUGUUCACUGUGCUGAACCCCAAGAUUAUGUCAUCCUGCCUGGCCAGCCAGACUACCCUAUUGGGGAUCUGUACUGCUCUGGAUCGUGGGUUGUAGUGGGUGACCUUGUCCCAACUCCCCAUGUGUGCCAGCAGGAGCAGGACAUUGCUCACUGUGCUGAGCCCCAGGAUUAUGCCAUCCUGCCUGGCCAGGAGAAGCCAGCUGCAGCAGCCGUUCCAGAAGCGAAGCCAGCUGCAGCAGCGGAGCCAGCUGCAGCAGCGGUUGCUGCAGCAGCGGUUCCAGCAGCGAAACCAGCUGCAGCAGCUGCGAAGCCAGCAGCGGUUCCAGUUGCGAAGCCAGCAAUGGAGCCAGCUGCAGCAGUGGUUCCAGCAGUGGAGCCAGCUGCAGCAGUGGUUCCAGCAGUGGAGCCAGCUGCAGCAGCGGUUCCAGCAGUGGAGCCAGCUGCAGCAGCGGUUCCAGCUGCGAAGCCAGCUGCAGCAGUGGAGCCAGCUGCAGCAGCGGUUCUAGCUGCGAACCCAGCUGCAGCAGUGGAGCCAGCUGCAGCAGCGGUUCCAGCAGCAAAGCCAGCUGCAGCAGCAGAGCCAGCUGCAGCAGCUGCGAAGCCAGCAGCAGUUCCAGCUGUGAAGCCAGCAGCGGAGCCAGCUGCAGCAGCGGUUCCAGCUGCAAAGCCAACAGCAGUUCCAGCUGUGAAGCCAGCUGCAGCAGUAGAGCCAGCUGCAGCAGCUGCGAAGCCAGCAGUGGUUCCAGCUGCAAAGCCAGCAGUGGUUCCAGGUGCAGCAGUGGUUCCAGCUGCGAAGCCAGCAGCGGUUCCAGAGAAAAACACUGAGCAGAGAACCUCCACCACUGGAGUUACUUGGAGCUCCCAGGUAAGUGAUGUCUCUCUUUUCCUCAUUUCAUGA